AUGGAAGAAGCGCCCGGGCGCCGAGGAGAUGGGGUGAAGGCCGAGACGGGCCAAUUGCAGACGAGCCGACGCCGGAGAAGUCGGUCGCCGCCGCAGGCAGAUCCGCCGAGCCACCGGGAAGCCGCCAUGACACCGGGAGGCCGCCAUCAUGCGCCGGGCCUCCCCACGCCGCCGCCCCCGGCCGGAGCAACGGCCACACCAGACCGCUGCCCUACCCGCGUCGCCCGGCGAGCUCCAAACGCCGGAGCCGCCGGGCACGCACCACCGAAGCCAAGCGCCGCCGGCCGACCCCCACUGCCAGAUCCGGCCGGAUCCAGCAGGAGACCGUCCGCGCGCCACCUCCCGAGAAGGGAGCGCAGCAGCCACCCGCCGCGCGCGGAUCCAGGACGUCGGCGCGCCACCAGCAGCCAGCCACCCCGCCGCCGUGCCGCUGCGCCCCGCGGCCGCCCAGCGCCACCGCUCGAAGACGCCACCCGCGCCAGCGCACCACGAGCAGAGGGGGAGAAGGGCCCCGCCGCCGCCGCGCCCACCGGGCUUUGCCCGACCGAACUCGCCGACGGCGGCGGGGAGGAGGGGAGGAAGGUGGGGUCGAAGGGAAGAGGCGGCUAG